AUGUCUAUCUUCAAGUACACACCGCAGACUGGCGGGGAUCGACCCACGCCGCGCAUCGAGAUUGGAUGCAAAAUAUCGCGCGCCGCCGUCCCAGAGGCCGAGGGCGACUGGCUCUUUGACCUCGGCAUCAGCUCGUUCCUGGACGACACAUUCGUGGGCCUCUGCCACGCCAAACUAGUCAAGGAGUCCGAGUACGAGAGCCGCACCAAGCACUUCUUCAGCGCCAUGGACGACCAGAGCAACACCAUGGGCGAACCUGGCCCAGCUGGUCCUCUGGUCAGAGGAGCGGUGGGUGUUUCCAAGGUUGAGGGCCCCUGGAAGGGCAUGAAGGAAUACGGGGACAGGAUGCCGGCGCGGGAGCAGCUGGACCGGGAGGCCCGGGAGAACGGGCGCAGCCUGUCGGUCCGGCGGCACUGGCUGCUCCUCUUGACCGACAUCACCGUCGCGCAGGGCUUCCGCGGCUGCAACAUCGACGGCGCCAUGGUCAGGCUGGCGCUGGAGAAGACCAUGGAGCUCGCCCGCGCCGCGCGCCGGCCCCUCCUCGCGGCCGUCGAGCCCGGCUGCGUGCAGCUGAAGCACUUCUACAUCAGCGACCGCCCCAAGUUCUGGGAGCGGUACGGGCCCUUCAAGGCGCUCUACUUCUGGCUCGCCAUGGGGUUCCAGCGGUUCGAGAAACCCAAGUUAAACACGGACCUGUCAAACUUCUUCUUUUGGAGCGGGCUCUUCAGGCUCCCCGAGGUCAGCGAGAUCAACCUGGACGGGGUUGGGGAGCGGCCCGGGAGGCAUGGGUGUGUGGUCCCCGACGGCCACAUGAUCGUCCCCGAGAAGAGAGACGCCCGCUGUAUGUUUCCAAGAAUGUACAAAGCGGCACAUCCCGAGCAACGUGAACCUGAGGGUGGUGACAAGAUGGAGCUGGACGGCGUCGGUGAGGAUAUGGCUGACAAGAGACCUGGGAAGCACGACAGGGCGGAGUACGACAGCAGUGAGGCCUCAGAGGACGACCAGAGGGCUGAGGAGCGGCACAGACUGGUCGAAGACAUGAAUGUAGAACCGGCCGAGCUCCCGCCGUCGUUCCAGCCGAUCGACCAGAUCAGCGACGCCGACUUUUUCAACUUCAUUAAUUGGCCAGGCUCUGAUUAG